AUGCCCAGCGAAACCAAGCGUAAGCAACCAGAUUCAGGCCUCGAUGACGGGCAUUCCAUCUCAACUCCCAAGAAGCAAAGAACGAGGCAGGCCAAUGGCACGGCAAACGGGCAUGAUGUGUCCGAAUUAUCACCCUUGAAGCGGACGCACACUACCCCCAGAAAAUCAGAUCAUGCAACAUCUCCAACGAGCUUGAAACCAUCCGGCCUAAAAACCCCUACCCACAGGCACAAGGCAAAGUCACUGUUUUCCACGCCUACUAAAGUUGCGACUGUUUCUACGCCGUCUCGAAUACGGAAUGCAGACCGGUCCGCGAAGAAGAAGAGUGCACGGGUCCUACUUGAACAAGACGAAGACGAUGUUUGGGACGGGGCUGAUCGGCUGGCAGAGGAGAUCCUGGAAGAGGAGGGAGAGGAGCAAGGGGUAAGAACGGCAAACAAAGAUCAAGGUGUGGUAGCAUCGGUCGAGCUGGAGCCUGGGGCAGCAAGUCUAGAAAAGGCAGCACCAGCGCCAAAGCGACGCGCAGGACGACCCAAGGGCGCAAAGAACAAACGCUCACCCACCCCUGAAGGAGAACUACCGCCUCAUGAGCGGUAUUUCUUUCAGAACCGUGCCGUUGCGGCACCGACUUCCAACAACACGCUGAGUAGAGUAUCACUCUUGACACACGAGGAGUAUUUCGAGAAAUUGUCACAGUAUGUGGACCCCUGCAAGAAGGAGAAGGAUUUUCUCCUCAAACUACACAGUCAGUCGUUUCCACAGUGGUAUUUUGAGCUUCAUGAAGGUUUCAACAUCUGUCUAUACGGAUAUGGUUCGAAACGCAGACUGGUACAUCAAUUCGCCGAUUGGCUCUAUCACAGGCACGACACUACUCCUCCCACUAUUGUUAUCGUUAAUGGGCAUACUCCAAGUAUCUCUAUCCGGUCAAUCUUCGCUACAAUCGUUACAGCCGUACUCGGUGAUGAUGCCCCGUCCAAACUCGGUACUCAACCAACGGAGGUUCUGGAACUGUUGCAGUCCGCUCUGAAAUCUCGAUCUUCUCAGAACCCAGUCACUCUUCUGAUCAAUUCCAUCGACGCUCCUCCACUGCGCCGGGCGAUAAAUCAAUCUCUUCUCGCGCGACUAGCGGCAACCCCCCUAAUCCACGUCCUGGCCACUGCAGACACACCGAAUUUCUCCCUGAUGUGGGACAUCAGUCUGCGUGAGCAGUUCAAUUUUGUAUUCCACGACUGUACCACUUUUGUGCCACACGACACUGAGUUUGACGUUGUCGAGGAAGUCCAUAACCUUCUUGGCCGUCGCGGCGGCCGUGUUGGAGGUAAAGACGGCGUGGGCUUCGUCCUCAAAAGUCUUCCUGAGAACGCGCGGAAUCUGUACCGGCUGCUUCUCACCGAGCUAAUCUCCCUUAUUGACGACGGACAUAUAUCCGACGACGACAUGGAUGCUGGUGGCCAUCGCGGUGCAAAUUUAAGAGGUGGCGGCGGCCCAGGUGACGAGACGGGUAUCGAGUUCCGCACUCUAUAUCAGAAAGCAUCGGAGGAGUUCAUUGCAUCAUCAGAGAUGAUGUUUCGGACAUUACUGAAAGAAUUCCAUGAUCAUCAAAUGAUCACGUCGAGGCUGGAUUCGAGCGGAUCUGAGAUUCUGGGCGUUCCGCUAUCUCGGGAGGAAAUGGAGGGAGUUUUGGAGGAUCUUGUGUUGGCAUGA